CCUCCUGUGGAAGUAAGAUGCUAAGAAGCACAACUGCUUUUUGGAUCUAAGUCCCCGUGUUUUCCGAGAAGGAGCUGUAGGAGGGGCAGGGGCAGAGAUGGCAUCCGCGGACUCCGAGGCACCCGCUCCCUUCUGAGUCGUGCAAGGGUCAGGACCACACUGGGACCAAACCACCAGCAACGCCUCAGAGCGUGUCUUCUUAAUAGGACCAUGGCGUGUAAGAAAAUUAACUACCUUCUCAUCUUCUACCUCAGUUUCUCACACUUCAUCUACAUAAAAAAUUCCUUUUGCGAUAAAAAUGCCACCAAGUGCCUCUCAAAUCCUUGCCAAAACAAUUCUACGUGCAAUGGUUUUUCAAAAGACAGGAAUUGCCGUUGUUCAGACACGGCCACUCAUUUGGACAAAAGCUGUGACAACGUGCAAGAUCCUUGCUUCUCCAGUCCUUGUCAAGGAAACGCCACUUGUGUGAACACCCCAGGAGAAAGGAGCUUUCUGUGCAAAUGUCCUCCUGGGUAUAAUGGGACGUCCUGUGAAACUGACAUUGGCUCCUGUGGCAUGAACUCCUGCCAACACGGAGGUGUCUGCCGUCAGGACCCCGUUCUCCCUGUCUGCCUCUGCCCUGCUGGAUAUGCCGGAAGAUUCUGUGAGAUGGAUCACGAUGAGUGUGCUUCCAGCCCUUGCCACAAUGGGGCUGUGUGCCAGGAUGGAGUCAACAGUUACUCCUGCUUCUGUGUCCCGGGAUAUCAAGGCAGGCACUGCGACUUGGAAGUGGAUGAAUGUGUCUCAGAUCCCUGCAAGAAUGCAGCGACGUGCCUCAAUGAGAUAGGAAGAUACACUUGUGUUUGUCCCCCAGGUUAUUCUGGUGUCAACUGUGAAUUGGAAGUUGAUGAAUGUUGGUCCCAGCCCUGCCUAAAUGGUGCCACUUGUCAGGAUGCUCUGAGGGCUUAUUUCUGUGCCUGUGCUCCUGGAUUCCUUGGUGAUCGCUGUGAACUCCACGUUGACGAGUGUGCCAGUCAGCCAUGUCUCCACGGAGGGCUGUGUGUGGAUGAAGGUAACAGAUAUAGCUGUCACUGCACAGGGAGUGGAUUUACAGGGACACGUUGUGAGACCUUGAUGCCUCUAUGUUGGUCAGAACCCUGUCACAAUAAUGCUACAUGUGAGGACAGUGCUGACAAUUACACUUGUCACUGCUGGCCUGGAUACACCGGUGCCCAGUGCGAGACGGACAUCAACGAAUGCAGUAGUAAUCCCUGCCAGUCUGAGGGGGAAUGUGUGGAGCUGUCCUCAGAGCGACUGUAUGGACGCAUUGCUCAGCUGCCUUCUUCAUUCAGCUACCCUGAAGCUUCGGGUUAUGUCUGUAUCUGUCGGCCUGGGUUCACAGGAAUCCACUGUGAAGAAGACAUCGAUGAAUGCUCUUCAAAUCCUUGCCAAAAUGGUGGUACUUGUGAGAACUUACUUGGAAAUUAUACUUGCCAUUGUCCAUUUGAUAACCAUUCUGGAAUAUUUUAUGGAGGAAGGGACUGUUCUGAUAUUCUCCUGGGCUGUACCCAUCACCAAUGUCUAAAUAACGGAACAUGCAUCCCUCACUUCCAAAAUGGCCAGCAUGGAUUCAGCUGUGUAUGCCCAUCUGGCUAUACUGGGUCACUGUGUGAAAUUGUCACCACGCUUUCCUUUGAGGGCAAUGGCUUCCUGAGGGUCACAAGUGGCUCAGUUACAGCCAAGGGCUCGGUUUGUAGCAUAGCCCUCAGGUUUCAGACUGUUCAGCCAAGGGCACUUCUACUUCUCCGAGGCGACAGGGACAUGUCUGUAAUGCUGGAGUUGCUGAGUGGCUACAUUCACUUGUCAAUUCAAGCCAAUAAUCAGUCAAAGGUGCUUCUGUACAUUUCCCAUAAUACCAGCGAUGGAGAGUGGCAUUCAUUGGAGGUGGUGUUUGCAGAGGCUGUGACCCUUACUCUACUGGACAACUCUUGUAAGGAGAAAUGCAUCACUAAAGCUCCUUCUCCAUUUGAAAGGGAUGGAUCCAUAUGCACUUUUCCAAACUCCUUUUUGGGUGGUUUGCCAGUGGGAACGACUGGCAAUGGUGUUGCUCUGCUUAACAUCUAUAAUAGACCAUCCACACCUUCCUUUGUAGGCUGUCUCCAAGACAUUAAAAUUGAUUCACAUCAUAUUACCCCAGAGAACAUUUCAUCUGGCUCAUCAUUAAACAUCAAGGCAGGCUGUGUGAGAAAGGAUUGGUGUGAAAGCCAACCUUGUCAAAAUAGAGGACGUUGCACCAACUUGUGGCUUAGUUACCGAUGUGACUGCUACAGGCCCUAUGAAGGCCUAAACUGUCUGAGAGAGUAUGUGGCAGGCAGAUUUGGCCAAGAUGACUCUACUGGAUACGCUGUUUUUAAUCUUGACGAGAGUUAUGGAGAGAACUUCACCCUCUCCAUGUUUGUUCGAACACAUCGACCAUCAGGCUUACUUCUAGCUUUGGAAAACAGCACUUACCAAUUCAUCCGUGUUUGGCUGGAGCAUGGCAGACUAGCAAUGCUGAAUCCAAGUUCCCCCAAAUUAGUAGUCAAGUUUGUUCUUAGUGAUGGCAAUAUCCACUUAAUAUCUUUGAAAAUCACGCCAAAUAAAAUUGAACUGUAUCAGUCUUCACAAAACCUAGGAUUUAUUUCUGCACCUACUUGGAAAAUGCAAAGAGGAGAUGUCAUCUACAUUGGUGGCCUGCCUGACAAACAAGAGACUGAAGUUAAUGGUGGAUUCUUCAAAGGCUGUAUCCAAGAUAUAAGAUUAAAUAACCAAAAUCUGGAAUUCUUCCCAAAUUCAACGAGCAAUGCAUCCCACAAUCCAAUUCUUGUCAAUGUGGACCGGGGAUGUCCUGGAGACAACAUGUGCAAGUCCAAUCCCUGUCACCACGGAGGUGUUUGCUAUUCCCUGUGGGAUGACUUCUCAUGUUCCUGCCCUGCGAACACAGCUGGGAAAGCCUGUGAGGAUGUUCAGUGGUGUGAGCUCAGCCCAUGUCCCCCCGGAGCCCAGUGCCAGUUGGUGCCUCAAGGAUUUGAAUGCACUGCAAAUGCUGUUUUUAAUAGACAAAGCAGUGGAAUAUUAUUCAGGAGCAAUGGGAAUAUUAGCAGAGAACUCACCAACAUCACAUUUGGCUUCAGAACAAGGGAUGCAAAUGGGAUCAUAUUGCACGCAGAGAAGGAGCCUGAAUUCCUUAACAUUAGCAUUCAAGAUUCCAGAUUAUUAUUUCAAUUGCAAAGUGGCAACAGUUUUUAUUUGCUGAGUCUGACGAGUUUGCAGUCAGUGAGCGAUGGCAUAUGGCACCAAGUGACUCUUUCCAUGACAGACCCACUGGCCCAGGCCUCCAGGUGGCAAAUGGAAGUGGACAACCAAACACCUAUCGUGACCAGUGCCGUUGCUACGGGAAGCCUCAACUUUCUGAAGGAUAAUACAGACAUUUAUGUGGGUGACCGAGCCACUGACAAUAUGCAGGGCCUGCGAGGGUGUCUAGGUACAAUAGGAAUUGGUGGCGUUUAUCUCUCCUACUUUGAAAAUAUUCCUGGUUUCAUUAAUAAACCUCAGGAAGAGCAGUUUCUCAAGAUCUCUAUAAAUUCAGUGGUUACUGGCUGUUUGCAGUUAAACGCCUGCGGCUCCAACCCCUGCUUGCAGGGAGGAGCUUGUGAAGACGUCUACAGCUCUUAUCGCUGCUCCUGUCCCUUGGGUUGGUCAGGGACACGCUGUGACGUCAACGUUGAUGAGUGCUUUUCUAACCCCUGUAUCCACGGCAACUGCUCCGACGGAGUUGCAGCCUAUCGCUGCAGGUGCGAGCCUGGGUACAGCGGUGUGAACUGUGAGGUGUUUAUAGACAAUUGCCAGAGUCACCAGUGUGCAAAUGGGGCCACCUGCAUCAGUGACACCAAUGGCUAUUCUUGCCGCUGUUUUGGAAAUUUCACAGGAAAAUUUUGCAGACACACCAGAUUACCCUCAACGGUCUGUGGGAAUGAGAAGACAAACUUCACUUGCUACAGUGGAGGCAGCUGCACAGAGUUCCAGGGUGAACUCAGAUGUGCGUGCCGGCCAGGUUUUACUGGGGAAUGGUGUGAAAAGGACAUUGAUGAGUGUGCCUCCAAUCCGUGCCUGAACGGAGGCCUCUGCCAGGACUCGCUCAACAAAUUCCAGUGCCUCUGCGACGUGGCCUUUGCUGGCGAGCGCUGCGAGAUAGACUUGGCAGGUGACUUGAUCUCGAACAUUUUCACCUCCAUCGGCUUGGUGACGUUAGCCUUGUUGUUGAUCCUCUUUCUGGCGGUUGCUGCUUCCGUUGUCGCCUCCAACAAAAGGGCAACUCAGGGAACCUACAGCCCGAGCCAGCAGGAGAAGGAGGGCUCUCGAGUGGAGAUGUGGAGCACGAUGCCACCCCCUGCGAUGGAGAGGCUGAUUUAGGAGCGUUCUGUCUCUCUGAGAAGGAGAUCCACACUCUGAGAACGUGAGGACUGUCCUCCAGUGUUUUUCUGACAUACCUGGAGAUAUCAGUUUACAGCUGGGAUUAUAUUUACACUGUGGGAAGGACCCCUUUGACCUUCUUAAAGACUUCCAUAGUGGUUCAACUCGACACCAUUGUUUUAUUGUGCUAUGUUAGACAAUCACAGAAGAAUGUUUUUGUGCCAGUAAUUUCAGCCUGGUAAUUAGCAAAAAUAUCUUCCCGGGGACAGUGUCUUCUGGGAGAAGCUCCAGUCCUGUCAUUUAUACUCUUUACUCUCUGCAACUUGGGAACAUUGUUUUAGUUUGCCCAUUAGCUGGCAACUGCGUUUUUUUUACACAGAAACUACAGGAAAAAAAAAUAGAAUACAUUUCUCACUCUUCCUAUCACGUGUGGAAGGUUUUAGUUGUAUACCUAUGAUGAGAUGUACACGUUUGUCCUUCAGUCAUGGAUUUGAGAAAGCCAAAGGAAUUACUUAUGGCUAAAAGGCAACCCAAGGUGAACAAAUAAAAAUUGAAAUG